AUGGGCUAUGCCGCAGGCUUGGUCAGAAUAGACUCCUCCUUGGGCACCCACCUCGCCACAAACGGCUUCCACAAGUCCCCCAUCGUUUUCGGCGCACUCCCCUCUUUACACAGCGCCAUGGCAGUCCUGUCCUGCAUGUACAUCUCCUGGUUCACAACCUCCAAGUUCCUCGUCGUCCUCUCCUUCACAUUCGUCAUGGUCCAGUGGUGGGCAACCAUCUACUUGGACCACCACUGGAGACUAGACUUGUUUGCAGGAAUGUGCUACGCAACCUUGGCCUUCCUCACCUUCCGCUCAUUCAACCCACAGAGGUUCAACACUACCCAUAUCUACACUUCCACUGCCAUACCCACCCCCGCUGGUGCUAGCACCCACAGUAACACCCACCCCAGCUACACCAGCUACACCAGCGUCGAGAACAGAGAUUUGGAAUUGGAUUCCGAUGAAUUCGACCUUGACUGCGACUUGGAGCUGCAAUGCCUCAGCAAGGCCAUUCCCACUUCUCCAAAAAAACCUACCGACAACAUUAACGGUGAGGCGCCUGAUCACUAUCAGUGCCAACUCGAAGAUGAAGAGCACAAGCUGGACUACAGGUACUGCGAAUACGAAGACUCGAACAGCAGUAACAGCAGCAGCAGCAGCAGUGAAAUCUCAAGCGCGACCGCUUCCUCCAACGCCAGCGUGUCUCUACUUGUCCAGGAGGACAGACCAUUUGGACUACGACUCUUUGCAGGCACUCCUCUCGAGUUCUUGUUUGUCUGA